AUGCUCGAGGCCAUCUACGCCGAGCCGUUCUCCUUUCGCUGGAGACUUCUACCGCUGCUGCGGGCAGAGACGGUCGAGAAGAAGCUCAAGGAGUGUGUCGUGCUGACAGACGACGAGAAGAUGACCGAAUGCUUGCAGGCAAUCCCGGGCGAAGAAAAGCGAUUUCUGAACACGCGCAUCAGCACGCUCAACUUGCUUCGGGCCAUCGGCACUACCCCCAGCACGCUGGCCCAGACCGAUAACCACGCAGCCUGGUGCCCCGACCGCGGCAUGGAGGAGAGUUUCCAAGGCCUCACCCGCUUCGUGAAACUCUUCUCACACACGGAGACCAUGGCAAAGACGGCGGCAGACACGCCCGUCUACCGCGGCUCGACGCGCUUCAUCACCGGCUCGAACCCGGACGCGCAACGCGAAGCGAGCAGCGCGCACCGCAGGCGGGCAAGGGCGGUGACGGACCCGGUCGGCGACCCGCUCUACGUGCUCUGCCUCGGUGCGCCGACCAACGUCGCCAAUGCCCUGUUGAUUGCUCCCGAGAUCGCGGCCAACAUCGUGGUGGUGUGGGACGCAAGCUCGAGCCUCACGGACGGGCGAGUGGUCCUGGGCGGUCUCAACCUCAACUCGGAUUUGGUCGCGACCCGUGUCCUGUUUGAGUCGGGCGUGCCGCUUCUGUACGUGCCCGGCUUCCCGACCGCGCAGGGGGUGCAGCUCUCAAGACCGGAGAUGGACGCUUGGUUCAAGAGCGAGGGUCCCGUGUCGGAUGCCCUCUGGGAGCGCUACGCGACCAACCCAGAUUACUUCUCCUUUGGCACCUCCAAGUGGAACCAGCCCGGCACCACCCGCAUGAUGUGGGACACCUCCGUGAUCCAGCCGUUCGUGCAGGGGCAGACGUUUGGGUAUCGGAAUGUCAGCGCGCCGCGGCUGGUGCAGCUCAACGCGACGUGCGAUUCACUGUUCGACGUCAGCUGUAAGGGCACCUACCCGGGCGACCCAGCGGGGCACCUGGGAGAGUACACGUGCGAACAACUCUCCGAGGACGGGAGGACCUGCGACGACGCCCUCUUCUUGACCGCCGGCGAGCGCGUGCCCACGCACGCGCCGACGCCCGGCGCGGGCGGAAGGGCCGGCGCGGAGAUUGGCGCGGGCCGGUCGGUGGUUGAGAUGACCUUCCAGGGUGGGCUCGCGAGCCGGUCCAACCCGAACCGCGACCUGCUGGUUAAGCUGAACCUGGCGGGCUUGUGA